AGAGGGCGCUAUGUAUAUUCGCGCCAUUUGAGUUCAGCGAGGUGCGCGCAUGUUGUAGAGAUUGAAAUUUAACUUUACAAAAUGACGGAUAUUCUGGAAUUUUCGGAUAUUUGGCAGGAAGUGAGAGGUGCCAUGAAUGGCGGCCGGCUCAAGCUGAACAGGCAAGGCGUAUACUUCAAAAGCAACAAGACCGGCAAAGUGGAACAGGUUCAAGUUGAGGACUUGGCCGAAACCAACUGGCUCAGGGUCGCCAGAGGUCAUGAGCUGAAACUCCGCCUCCAAAAUGGAACCAUCUUCAAAUACGAUGGCUUUCAGGAAUCGGACCAAGAGAAACUUGCGGAAUUCAUCACCAAUAACUACAACCUGAGCCUGGAUGAGGUAGAACUAGCUGUCAAGGGGCGGAACUGGGGCUCAGCCAAGUUCAACGGCACGGAGCUUGCCUUUGAAGUUGACAAGAAGCCAGCUUUCCACAUCCCUCUGGGUAAUGUGUCCCACAGCACGACGGCCAAGAAUGAGGUCAUUCUGGAGUUUCAUCAGAACGACGACACAGAGGUCUCGCUAAUGGAGAUGAGAUUCUACGUGCCUCCCACGGAAUCAGACACCAAGGCUGCUGAGGCAUUCCAUGAGAAGAUUUUGGCAAAGGCGGACAUCAUCCAAGCAACUGGAGAAUCCAUCGCAUCGUUGGAACAAAUACCGUGUCUCACCCCAAGAGGUCGCUACGACAUCAAGAUUUUCCCCACCUUCCUGCAACUCCACGGCAAAACAUUUGACUACAAGAUUCCCUUCACCACUGUACUGCGUCUGUUCCUGCUGCCCCACAAGGAUAAUCGCCAGAUGUAUUUUGUGAUCAGUCUUGAUCCACCCAUCGUGCAGGGACAGACUAGAUACCAUUUCCUCAUCUUGAGCUUCAACAAGGAAGAAGACAUGUCAUUGGACCUCAACCUCACAGAGGAGGAAAUUGAGGAGAAGUACAAAGGGAAGCUGCAGAAGCACAUGACCGGGCCGUCGUUUGAGAUCGUCAGUCGGUUGAUGAAGUCACUCUCGGCACGCAAGAUCACCAUUCCAGGGUCCUUCACUGGACGAUCAGGAACGCAGACUGUCAGCUGUUCCUACAGGUCCAACAGUGGCUUCCUGUACCCCUUAGAGAGAGGCUUCAUCUACGUCCAUAAACCCCCCAUCCAUAUACGCUUUGAAGAGAUCGCCUGCGUCAACUUUGCGCGGGGCACCGGCAGCUCCCGGUACUUCGACUUUGAGAUUGAGACCAGGAACGGAAACGUCUUCGUUUUCAGCAGCAUAGAAAAGGAUGAGUACAGUCCUCUAUUUGACUUCGUCAGCAACAAGAAGCUGAGAGUCAAGAACAGAGGUGGCAACAUCAAAGAUGGAAAGUCGGUUAACUACGAAGACAUGGUGGACAGUGAUGACGAUGAGGAUACCCACGAUGCAUACCUGGAACAGAUGAAAGCCGAAGGCAGGGAAAGAGUUGUCGAGGAACCAGACGAGGAUUACGUGGUUGACAUGGACUCUGAUGCCUCAGACAGUGAUUUCAACCCCGGUGAAAGUGGAAGUGAUGUAGCCGAAGAAUAUGACAGCAAUCCCUCCACCAGUGACUCGGACUCCUCUUCGGGCUCAGACUCGUCAGAAGUUGAGGAGGGAGAACUGAAACGGAAGAAGCACCGCGAUAGUAAACCAAAGAAAAAAGUCAAGACAGUGUCGGAGAGACCACGCAAGAAGAGAAAAGAGAAGAAAGAGAAGGACCCCAACAUGCCCAAGCGGCCCAGCUCGGCUUACAUGAUCUGGCUGACGGAGCAUCGGGAGCAGAUCAAGGAGCGCUACCCGGGCAUCAGCGUGACGGAGGUGUCCAAGAAAGCCGGGGAGAUGUGGAACAAACUGGAGGACAAGACGGAAUGGCAGGAGAAGGCGGUCAUAGCCAAGGAGGCUUACACCAAGCAGAUGGCUGCGUACAAGGAGACACUGAAGGAAGACGGACCCCCUGUCCAGAAAAAGACAGCGACCAAACAACCCAAAACCAAAACCAAAACAAAAUCCAAGUCCAAGUCUUCAGAUUCCGCAUCCAGCCCGUCCAAGAAGCCAUCGAGUGCAGGGUCAGGAGGCAACUAUAAGAGUAAAGAGUACAUCAGCGACUCCUCAUCAUCAGGAGGAGAGGAAGAUGAUGAAGAAGAUGAAGAGGAUGCCAAGUCGGGCGCCAAGUCAGAUGCUUCUGAAGAAGUUGCCAGUGAUCCAGCCAGUUCUGAGGAGGAGAAGGAGGCAUCUGGCGGCAGCGAUGAGGAAGAAGAGGAAGAUGAUGAUUGAAGUCAACAUUGAUGUCCAACGUGUUGUCCAGGCAAGCUUAAGAACUGACAAAUGAAACCUACUGCUCUUGCAGAGUCUUGUUAUAAACUUCUCCGACUUGGUUUAAAAAAAAAAUCUUAACUAAUCAAAAGAAUUGAGCAAAGCUCACAACUACAUUGUAUAUAUUAACAACCAACAUUAUGUCCGCAAGGAAACCUUCGCAAGGAAACCUACUGCUUUAACUUAAAUGAACUACAUGUACUCUACGUUUGUUUAAAAAAAUAAAACUGGGUAGCUAUACAAUCCAAUGUAGCACUCAUUGAAGCAACUUGUUUCUUCCGAACAGUUGAUCUUUCUGCUCAGAAUCAAGAAUUCAACACAAAAUUCAGCUUGCCGUUAAUGUUGGUGGUGUCACAACGCCACCAUUUGUGUCUGAUACCACCGUUCGUACAUUGCCACAGGUCAUAUUUUGCUUAAGUCACCAAACUGUUUUGUCAACUUUGGAAUGUUAAAUGUUAGACCCAAGAUAUUUCAAAGUGUCGUUUCAUCCAUUGCAGACCACCAAAUAUAUUUUUUGCUAUCCGUGCUACAGACAAUGAACUGUGUUGUCGUACUCGGAUAAGGUUAAUUUAAAAACCAACAUAACUUUGAUACUGCAAAAUUUCCACUUUGAAAUAUGGACCUGUUUGUGACACUUUUUUAUAAGUUGAAAUUCAGAAUUUCUGUACCUAUUCAACAUAUUCCUUUUUAGGAGGGUUUGGGGGUUUACUGCAUUGAAAUUGAAAAUAUGAAGGAAAAAAAACUACAGUGGGAUAAAGUUAUCUGCCAAAAACUCAUAACAGGACUGGUGGGUUUUUUUUCAGUGUAGAGUCAUUCUAGAUUUGGAGCAAUUGUAAUCUUCGUUAAUUUAAAAUGAACGACCCACAAUAAAAAUCUCUUCACUUACAAAAGAAAUGGAUCAUUUUAUGGUUCUGCACCUGAAAACACAAGAUUUAGGAGAACUUUUUUUUUCUUCAAAAGAUUUGUUUCGUUUAAGAAAGGAAAUGUUUGCAGACAUGCAUUAAACUGUACAUUAUGAAA